AUGACAGAAGAAAAUGAAAAUGGCGAAUUGAUUUGUCCAAUAACUCUUGAAAUAUUUCGUGAUCCAGUUAAAGCAGGAGAUGGACAUAUUUAUGAACGUGAAGCUAUUCAACGAUGGAUUUUAGAACAUGGAACAAGUCCAAUAACUCGACAAACAUUACAAAUAAAUGAUCUUGUACGAGAUGAACAAUUAAGAAAAAUGUGUCAAAGAAAACGUCAAUUAAGUGUUUCUUACAAUCCUCAAGAAGAUCGAGUAAUACUUCCACCAUUACAAAAUUUUGUGAGAAAUAAUCAUCAAGUCAAUCCAGAAAUUACAAAUAUAAUUCAAACCAAUUUUAAUAUGGAUAAUAUAUCCAAUAAACGUCUCAUAUUAAUUAUUUUAUUUUCAUUUAUUUUUCCAAGUUCUUUAAUCAUUGGAAUUGUACAGGGAUUGAAAAGUUCUUAUACUGACGAAAUUGAUAUAACAUCAACAUAUUCCGAUACAUUAACAUCAAAUAAUUCAUAUAUUAAUCAAACAGGAAUUUCUUAUCCAGGAAUUUAUUAUUAUGAAACAAUUCAAGUUAAUAUUUCAGUUGAUGGAUUUUAUGGUUUUGAAAUUCAAAGUCAAAGUGCUAUUAGUAUUGAUGGAGAUUUAUAUAGAAAUUAUUUUAAUUCAACUGAUUUAUCUUCUAAUUUAAUAAGUUAUACAUAUAAAGAUAAAAAGUAUUCAAAUACAUAUUUUGGAAAUUUUCUUUCAUCGAACAAAUAUAUUUUAAUGAUAACUACGUAUUUUUGUUGUUCUCAAGGAUCAUUUUCUCUAUUAGUAACUGGUCCAGCAAAUGUUUAUUUUUAUUAG